CCACUCUCUCUUCUUCUCCUGCUGCCUGUUAACCCUAAAUAUCCGCUUCCCACCGCCCCCUCCCCUUCCUUCAACUCUGGCUUCACUGAAUUGACCAUUUUUUCUGGAUUCUUGAUCAGGAACAACGUCAUUAACUUAAAAAGUUUUGUGUUUUCCGGUGAUGUUUGGAUAAAUUCUGAGAAUUUUUACUGUCUUCUUUUGAUUGUUACUUGAUUACUUCAGUACUGCUGCCCCAGAACUUGCGAAUUAUUAUGGCUUCAUUUUAGGUUUUCUGAAUUCCUUUCUUUUGAUGUCUGCGAGUUAUGCUGCCCACUUUUCGAUUUUGUUUUCCCCUUCUUUCAGGCAAUUGUAUGUUUGUUUAUUACGCAAUCCUUAGCGUUAGUACUUGCUUUGGAUUUUGUAACCUUAUUUGUGAUGCUUGGUUAAUCAAACUCUAAUACUAGCAGCUAUUUUCGAACAGGGCCGGCGGGUGCCAAACGGACCCUUCAAAUAUUUUUUUGCUGUGCCUGGUUAUUUCUGUUUCAAUUAACUGCUGCAUGAUAUUGAGUUUUGCCUUGGUCUUUCCUGGUCCUAUGAUUGCUUCUGAUUGCAGUGGGCGUGUGUGCUCUUUCUGUUUGUUGCUUCUGACAUUUCAUUCGUUGUUGGGUGUGCUUGUGUUGAAUUUGAUGGAUUCGCUGGUUCUAGCUCAACUGCACCAGUAGUUACAUAAUACUACCCUCUGCUCAAAUUGUGAUGAUUAUUUAGCUGAUGUAUUUCAUGAAUGGAAUUGUACCUGUCAGGUGGAUCCCCUGACCGGGAAUCAGUGGAAUCUUGGACCAAAAAAUCCAGUAUUUCAUCUAGUGGUAAGGCUCAGGAUCGCAAAGAAUUCCUGCGUAGAUUCCUAGAUAGCAAACUUUUUAUCACAAACCUGAAGAGUUGGCUUGACGAGAUCGCUGAACGAGGAUCAGCACCCUUCGAUAUCCCUUUUGAGUUGAUAGAUCUUCAAAAGUUUGAUUAUGCAUUAGAGGGGGUUCCCUUUCAGCAGCUCAUUCGGAUGCCCAGUGCCAUAUAUGCUUCUACAUCUGCUGCUGCGGAAGCAUCAGCUUAUCUUGCUCUUGAAGAUUUUCUCCAUGCAAGUGUCAAGUGCUUGUGGGAGGCAUUUUGGAGUCAGGAUGAGCCUCUGCCUUUCUAUGUUUCCUCUCUGUGCAAUGCCAACUUGAGGUUUUACCAGGCUGAGAAGGCCAUAGCAAAAGGGAGAUUUAGGGACCUUUGUGCCACGGCUAUAAUGCUGAAGAAUCCAAGACAUCCCCUGGGGAAGUGGGAUGACGUUCUUGAAUUAGCACUUUUAAGGCCUGAUAUUGAAACCCUUGCUACACUUGACAUCAACUCCAGGCCUUCUAGCUUGGCGAUAGGCGAAGCUUUGUUUUUUGCUGUUCGUGUGUUGCUUGCAAGAAGCUUCAGCAGGUCGAAUAUCCCUCUGAGUUUGAACUCUGUUUUUGUUCUUCUAUUGGAUUCUCAGUAUGGUGGGGUCGUCAAAGUUGAAGCAGAUGUGAACAAACUAGAAGCUGAUGUGAACAAUGUCUAUGGAUGUGCUGCUGAGUGGAUUAAAAAUCAUUCACGUAUUUCAAUUUCCCCAGUUGACAGGAUCUGGAACAAGCUUGGCAAUGCAAAUUGGGGGGAUAUUGGUGCGCUACAGUUGCUUUUUGCUACAUUCCAUUCAAUUGUGCAGUAUGCUGGCAUGCCUAAGAACUCAGUUGAAGACUUGGCUGCUGAGCAUAGUUCUCGGCUUCAAGCCAGGAGAAUAGAAAGGCAGUUGGGUGAUAGCAGUGUGAAUGGAAAUGGUUUAUUCAGGUACCAGCAGCGUAAUGCAUCACCAGAAAUUGUUGAAGUGCAGGACGAAUCCAUCAGGUUGAGUUCUGAAAGGUCUAUGAAACUAGAAGUAGGAUCUGUCCUCUGGCUGGAGGAGUCUGACUCUCGUCAAGGUUAUGAGAUCAAUGAAGUUCUGAGUGAUGGUGAGAUCCUAUACUAUAUUGCAUCAUCAAUCAAGGAUUCAGGAACUGCUCUGUUUUUAUAUAUUGGUUCUCCUCCAUCUCAAUUAGAACCAGCAUGGGAAGAUAUGAAGUUGUGGUUUCAAGUUCAGAGGCAAACUAAGAUAUUGGGUGUUAUGAAACAAAAGGGGUUGUCUAGCAAGUAUCUGCCACAAUUGAGUGUAUCUGGCAGAGUAAUUCACCCUGGUCAGUGUCGGAGACCAAGCUCAGGCGGGAACUGUGACCACCCUUGGUGUGGUACUCCAAUAUUAGUAACUAGCCCUGUUGGGAGGACUGUGGCUGAUAUGGUGAGAGUUGGUGAAUUCCGUGCAGAGGAGGCUAUCAGGUGCUGCCAUGAUUGUUUAUCUGCCCUUCAUACUGCUGCAUCAGCUGGAAUGCGGCACGGAGAUAUUCGACCUGAGAAUGUUAUUUGUGUGACAUCUGGAAGGGGGCAGCCUUAUUUUGUCCUUAUUGGUUGGGGACAUGCUAUCUUAGAGGAGAGAGAUCGUCCAGCAAUGAAUCUUCAUUUCUCCUCUACAUAUGCCCUUCAAGAGGGAAAGUUGUGCUCGGCUUCUGAUGCAGAGAGCCUUGUAUAUAUGCUUUACUUUGCCUCGGGUGCAGACUUGCCUGAUCUUGAUUCUGUGGAGGGGACACUGCAAUGGAGAGAAACCUCUUGGUCAAAGAGGCUGAUACAACAGAAGCUUGGAGAUAUGUCUGCUGUCUUGAAAGCAUUUGCAGAUUAUGUUGAUAGUUUAUGCGGAACACCAUAUCCUAUGGAUUAUGACAUCUGGCUAAGAAGGUUGAGGAGACAUAUUCAUGAAGAAGAUCAUGGGAAGGAAAUUGACAGGGGUAGUUAGAUUCGUUUCUUUCUAUCUUAGGUGUCAGGAUUGGAAGAUCAUUAGUUUCUGACUCUGGGAUAGCUUUUCAGGAUUUUGGGCAGAUUUCCGUUCAAUUUGUGGAUUAUUUGCCAUGCUUAUGGAAAAAGGCCUCUAGGUUGCUAUAGUGGUUCAGAGUGCUAUCUUUGGAGAUCGUUACUGAACAACAAGGUCAUCCCAGCAGCUGGAUACUGUUGUUUCUUCUUGAUAGAUGGUUUGGGCUUCCCCCGGUCAUUUACACAUGCAGACGAACCCCAAGCUGAGGAUUUACGGUGAACGGUCAUGACAAAAUGAUUGGAAAGUGUGGUGCUUGUUCUUGCAGUUGAGCUGGUGUAACCAAAUAUCUAUAUGUUUCUUUUUCUUAUUUUUUUUCAUGUAGAUUUGGACACUGUAUUUUGUCUCAAGUUCUGUUAUAUAUUGUAAAGAUAGCCGCUGCAGAUUGUUUUCAGAUAUACGAGUGUUUGUUCGAGGAUAAUGAACUUGUCGAAUUUAGAGAAUCCUACAUCAUUGGCAAGUAAGA